AUGGUCCGCAACCGUUUUGGCCUUGUGGUGGAGUCUGACUUUGUCAAGUACGAGGGGAAGUUCGAGGACAUGGUGAAGGGCACCGUGGAGACCGCCUUGGGGACGAUCACCCUGAACGCCGGAGGAACAGGCCUGGUAGAAAGCCAGUCUUCCUUUGGGACGCUGCGGAAGCAGGAAGUGGACCUACAGCAACUCCUCAGGGAGUCCGUGGAUAGGACGAUAAAUCUGAGAAGUCCUUUGCUGCAGCAAGUGCUGGAGAGGAAGAACGAGGUCCUGUGCAUCCUGACGCAGAAGAUCGUGACCACUCAGAAGUGUGUGAUCUCUGAGCACAUCCAGAUAGAAGAGAAAUGUGGGGGCAUGGUGGGCCUCAAGACCAAGAGGGUGAAGGUUUCAGUGAGCGAAGAUGGGAAUGUGACGAGAGAUUCCAACGUGGUCCUUGAGAUCCCGACGCCCACCACCCUCGCCUACGGGGUCCUGGAGCUCUACGUCAAGCAGGAUGGCCAGUUCGAAUUCUGCUUGCUGCGAGAGAAACAAGGUGGUUUUGAGCAAGAGAGCACGGAUGGCCCCAUUGACCUGGAUACUGAAGAGCUCAUCUUCCCCUUCAUGGCAGACUCUGUGGAUGGGAAUUCAAAAGCUGGAACGCUCAUGCCUACUGAGGGGCCAUUAAGCUCCUUAAAACACGGGAUGCUGCUCGUGGAGAGGAAUUUCCGUCCCUUUGUGGAGCUGUCAGGGCAACACCAAGCAGCAUUGUGGGAAAUCCUCUGGGAAAUCCUGGUCAAGGAUGAAUUGGUCACGGCCCUGGGCACCGUGCUCGAUGACAUCUUCGCCGGCGGCAGCCCGCAGCUGACGGCGCUCGCGGAGCUGAGCCGGGGCCAGCAGCGGCAGCUCGCCGCCUUCCUGGGGCUGGCCGGCCUCCAAGUGCAGGAGGACCUGCUGGUGGCGAGGGACGCCCGCGGCAGUCAGGACCUGCUGUCCGCCGUCUACUUCUUCAUCAGUGCCCUGGCAGAGAUGCCAGACAAAGCCCCAGCUCUGAUGGGCACCUGCUGCCAGUUAGACAUGGUACCAGCCUUGUGCUACUUGCCUCAAGCGACAUCCCCGGAUGGCUUCUUGGCCCUGGGAGACCCGAGCCUGGCUCUGCUGGAGGACGCAGAGAGGUUCGAGAUGGUGCGGGAGCUGUUUGCACUCUCCAACAUCAGCCUGGAGCGCUCGGGCUCAGCAGUGAAAGCCGUCAUCGUGGAGAAGCCCCAGUACCUCCCGCUCCUUCUCUACAUCAUCCUGCACGGACUCUGUGCUUUAGAAAGAAGAGGCGAAUGA